UAUGGUGUGUCAAAAGACUAUUAUCAGCUCACUGGCGAUACACAGUAUUUCAAGAGUCCACGAGAUGUUUGCUCUCCAUAUUCGUAUGACUCCAAAAAUAACCCCAUUGUCCCUUGUGGAACUAUAGCGAAUAGCAUGUUCAAUGACACAUUUGAGCUCUACCAAAUAAUCAAUGGAACGAAGAAGGAGGUUCCAUUAGAUGGUAAAGGAAUCUCCUGGUGGACUGAUUUCAACAUAAAGUACAGGAACCCCUUGUCUGUGAAUGGCUCGUUUGCAAGCGCGUUUGAUGGUACAGUGAAGCCCAUAAACUGGCCUAAGGCAGCAUAUGAGCUGGACCUCACAGACCCAAACAACAACGGUUUCCUGAACCAGGACUUUCUAGUGUGGAUGAGGAGAGCUGCACUUCCUCAGUUCAGGAAGCUGUACCGGCGAAUCACAGAGGGUGAUUAUGCCGCGGGGCUCCCUGCUGGAAACUACUCUCUGACAGUCCAUUACAACUACCCAGUACUGAGUUUUGAUGGACGUAAGAAGUUGGUCUUCAGCAACGUGUCUUGGAUGGGAGGGAAGAACGACUUCUUGGGCAUUGCUUAUUUAGUAGUUGGCUCCUUGUGUAUGGUCAUGUCAGUGGUUAUGCUAAUAGUUUAUGCCAAAUUCAAAUUCUCAGAGGAGGAUGAUGCAUGAUGAUGCAAGGUGGCUGUGCUUAUAAAGACCACCUCGUACAUGCAUCUUAAAAACAAGAAAGAAAAGAAAUAAGGGGUUCAUUAAGAUGAGCCAAAUGUUGUUUUCAGACAAACAUCAUGGUCUAGAUCAAUCAUUUUGCAUUCACAUGCUAGAAAGCUUUAACUUCAGGUCAUUUAAUUAUUUCAAACCAGGAAUUAUUUGUUUACUAAAAGAACACAGGAUAUGACAGGAUUAGGCUAAAAAAAAACUAUUAGGCUAAUAUUCUAAGAGUUUGUUCAAAUGUCUUAGAAUCUGUAGAUCAAAAUGAUUAUCAGAGGUCAUCAUUCAGGGAAUGUUACCGGUUUCUUUUAUUCUACUUUGACUGUUUCAGGUAUAAAAUAUGAAUUAGUAGUUACUUUAGUUUCUGGACAUUACAGAUAAAACAAAGCUAAUAAUGGUUUUUACAUUUGCUUAAAUCUUAGAUUUCUUGACUAGUCAAGAAAGGUUUAACAGAUAUAUGGACAGAGACAGUAUCAGGUGCCAUAUCUACCUGUCAGAUGCAUAGCUUGGUUAAAGCUUUGUGUAUGUUUAGUUUAAUAUAUUGAGAAUUAAAAUGUAUUGCUGCUUGUAUAUUUUCUGUAAUAAACUUAAAA